UGUCAAAUUGUCAAUAAAGUAUAAACUUUUCAUUGGAAUUUAGCAUUUUUCCAAAAUAACAUGUGAAACAAACAAUAUUAAAACUUAGGUUGCAUUUUAUUUCUACUGCUAUGCCGUGUACUUAACGCCUUUUGUAUAUUCCGUUUAAUUAUUUUAAUCAAAAUGGGCACGAAGUGUUUCCAAGAUAGCUUUAUGGCAAAAUACUCAGCGUUCAGUCCUUAUCGUAUGAUACAAAGAGAAUGUGGGUUCCAAAAACCAAUUGGUGCUGGGGAUGCAAUGGCCCGUAGUCUCUAUUGUGGUAUGAAACCCAUAGCGUCCUGGGACUGCGAUCAGUACAACGCUCUUCCCACGGGUGGUGUAUUCAACCUUGAAUUUUCCCCAGACGGGUCUCUCUUAGUAGCAGCUUGUGAAAGAAAGUCUAUUCAAAUAUUUGAUCCACUUACUCACCAAAGGAUGCAUUCAGUAAAUGGAGCUCAUUCAGAUUGUGUUAAUUGUGUUAAAUUUUUAGAUGGAAGAAUGUUUGCGACAUGUUCAGACGACACAACAAUAGCCUUGUGGGACGUCAGACAUCUGAAGAAAAAGAUAAGAUCACUGCUUGGCCAUUCCAAGUGGGUGAAAAAUAUAGAAUUUUCCGUAAAAGACAAAUUACUAGUCACAUCGGGGCUCGAUGGCAGUAUAUUUACAUGGGACAUCAAUUCAUAUACAGAAUUUAAUCUGGUAUACCAAAGAGUAUUUCAUGCGCCUGGUUUGAUGAGAUGUCGCUUGUCACCAGACGCAAGGCAAAUGGUGAUGUGCACUACAGGAGGACUACUUGUUAUUAUCCAUGACCUAAAUUUGUUGACGUUAGCACAGGACUUGCAUGGAUUUAAGCCAAAUUUAUAUAGGUUGAUGCAAAUGAGCCAGCAAUUAAUUCCGAUAGCUGCUAUGUAUGAUCAUCUAUUUGACCCAAAAAGAACUGAAAACAGAGUUGAAUUUGUGUCCGACUUUCCUGAAGGGAAUGAUGCUGAGGUUGUUAGCGCUCUUCAGAUUCAUCCUCAAGGUUGGAGUGCAUUAAGCAGAAACAUAAGCCAUGAUGACAGAUCUGAGUGGUCGUGCAUCCACGACAUCCAACCGGUAAGCUCGCGCGACAAGAGCGUGCGGGACAGCUCGCCGCCGCCGCCCGCGCCGCGCCGCCCCGCACCGCGCCGCACGCCGCGCCGCCGCACGCGCCCCUACCGCGUGCCACGCCCCAUGGCGUCCGUGCCGCCUAUACCAACGGUGGAUCGGUCCCGCGAGCGGCAGGAGCGCGAGGAGGCGGAGCCCGAGGCGGGGCCGAGCUCCGGCUCGUCCAACGAGGCUUCGCCCCAGCCUGUCCCCGCGAGAUUCGGGUUGGGACUGUCCAGUAUUCAAAAUGACGUGUGGGAGGCGUCCAUAACGAUCAAACAACAUAGAAUGCUUCAAGAAAUGUAUAGCAGAGGUCAAGUGGGGCGCAACUUCAACAUGCAGCGCAUCCUCGGCAUCAACACGGGUAUCACGCCGCCGUCGGCGCUGCGGCCGCGGCCCGCGCGCCCCCCGCCGCGACUAGCACCCGCGCCUCCGCCCCCGCUCGCCCCCGCACACAGCGGCUACAGCAUGAUGCCGUCCACAUCAGGCCACACGCCGAACACGGCGCGCGAGCGGGACAGCGACUCGUGCGACGAGGAGCUCGACGGGAGACAGCAUAUACGGCAGAAUGUGGAUCGACUGCUCUACUAUAUUGAGGAGACGAAUGAAGGCAGAGGGUUCAUUAAGGAACUAUGUUUUUCCGCGGACGGUCGGCUGGUAUGUUCGCCGUUCGGUAGAGGUAUGCGUCUAUUGGCACUCAAUGACAACUGCAGUGAGCUCUCUCACGUCGUACAAGAUCUCAAUGGACCGGCUCAGAUGAGGGACGUGGGCCAGAGCCUCGGCAUCCACCAGGACCUGGUCGUCAGCUCCAAGUUCAGUCCACGGCACCACCUGCUUGUUACUGGCUGCCUCGAAGGCAAGAUCGUGUGGUACGAGCCGUAUAGCGGCGAAGCUUUGUACUAAAUCAGUUUAUUACCAAGAGAUUUAAAAUCAAUCAAUGAACUAUGUAUUAUGUUUACACUGAGUCUGUACCAAGUUUUACCAGCGCAACAGAUAGCCAAAAUGUACUUAGUUUAUAAUUUUUAUGCAUUGUCCGUAGACCAUAUUGUUUUCACUAUUUUAAGCAUUAAAACAUGAUUUUAAAUUUGUUGAGCCCCACUAUGUUUGACCAGGUUCCUAUUGGUUUUUUACUGCCGAUCAUUCUUAAUUUUAAGCAUAGUAUAGAUUUUAACUCGGCGUCGACAGGAGAUAGUGAAUUAUAAUUGUAUAAUAAAUUUUAGUUGUUAAUGUAAUAUAAAAUUAAGUAUAAGAACUGCAUUUGGUAAGAGAUAAUCAAAUAAAACACGUUUGUACAACAACAGGUUAUAUUAAAAUAUACAUCUACAUGAUUCUGUGGAAAUCUGAUAUAAUUUUGAGUUAAUAAAGAGGAUUGUGUAUGGUU